AUGGUCUACGGCCACGAUAACGACAACUUUUACCAAUAUAAUUCUGGGACGAACUUGUUCCCUUAUGACGAAUGGACAGCCGAACCCACCUUUGGGCUAGAUGAUGAUACGCCCACAAUCCCUAGAUUUGGUGAAGUCUCAUCCACUUCUGAGGCAAAACAAGUUUACAUCCAUGCCUAUUUCUUUUACUACCACAAAAUAAAUCCGUUCAUCCACGAAGAGACGUUCAAACUGCAUCUGUCCACGCAAUGUCUACCUGAAACGGAAGAAGAAUCAUGUAUUGUUUCUAUGGGUCAGAUGCACAACCUAUUGCUACCUGAUGCCCAUGACCCUCCUAUCGUCCUGUCUGGGACGUCAGACCGUGAUCGCGCUCUUCCCUAUUCAGUAAUUACUCACGGAAAGCGAACUUACCGACUGCAUAAGAGCCGUUGUCAGCCUUUGGGCCUUCGUCUCGACCCACUUCCCGAUACAGCGGACCGAGCCAGCUAA